AUGUCCGACACGCUGCGUUCCGAGAAGGAGCUGUGCCUCACCCGGUACAGCACCCCGGUGCCGGAAUUGGACGACCACCGUCACCAAAUGAACACCCCGCCGCGCAUCGAGCGUGAAGCCCCGACAGAGGAACCGCUCAGUCGACAGGAAACUGCACACCAAGGACCAAAAGGAGAGAUACUGGGUCGACCGGAUCUACUCCAGGCACAAGAUGCGUUGCGGGAUGCGGGUCCUGUCUUCCGAGACUUUGAACAAGCGCUGGUCGACGACGAUAGAUCGAUCAAUGAAAUGAAUGGAAUGGGUCGUCGCUUCUCAGUUGACCCCAAUGCCAAUUUCCACACUCCUCGUCGCAUCAGCUGCACCCAGCAGGAUCUCGCCAAUGUUUCCCGCUCGUCCUCAGUAUCUGCCCGCUCCUCGUCCCCUCCGAAUUCCGUCGAGGCUUUUGCCGAUCCGCGCCGUCGUGAGCGUGCCAAUACCCUCGAUAGCCAUGGUCCUCCCGAUCUCGAGGCCAUGCUCCAGCGCACUGUCUCGGGAGGUACUGUGCCUCGCCGUCCGACGUUUAGCAAUGCCAGCGCAAUUCGCCCGCAACUCGGUGAUGUCCCACUCGAUUCAUCAGAGGAGGCUGCCGUACACACUUAUGACGAGCCGGGUCGGAUCCCUGUCAUCGACUACGAGGAGCUGGAGGAGUUUGUGGCUCUUAACCAGCAAAGCAAGGCCGCCGCCGGCAACCGUCGCAAACACAGCCUGAGCUCGCAAAGCAAGAAACCCCGAAUCUUCUAUGAUCUGCGGGGUGGCAAGGGUGCUGAGGUAGGGGAGCUCAAAAAAUCUGACUCGAGCGACUCAUCGGAUACCAGCGAUGUGACCGAGGACCCGCUGAAGCGCGUGGGCACGAUCAUGGAUGAGAAGGAGCUCGUAGAGACUCUUCCCAAUAUUAACGAGCCCACUCGCUUUGGCUUCUUCUCUUCCGAGUCUCAGAGCACUGUGCACGCUGCCGAACUGGGAGAUCUGGUGCUUCCAGGUGACAGCUUCCGGGACCUGUUCCAGCUUGGUCCCGAUGGCGGAGUAUGGUGGUUGGAUGUGGUCAACCCGACUGAAGAGGAAUUGGGCGCUAUCUCCCGGGCUUUCUCGAUUCACCCUUUGACGACCGAGGAUAUUUUGACUCAGGAAGCCCGUGAGAAAGUUGAGCUCUUCAAGCAGUACUACUUUGUCUGUUUCCGUACCUUCUAUCAGGUGGACAAGACUAGCGAGGAGUUUUUGGACCCCGUCAACUUCUAUAUGGUGGUUUUUCGGGACGGAGUUUUGACGUUCUCUUUCGUGGAGAAUCCUCAUGCUUCGAACGUCCGCAAGCGUAUUGGAAAACUGCGCGACUAUGUCUCGCUUUCAAGCGACUGGAUCUGUUACGCGAUGAUUGACGACAUCGUCGACAGCUUCGGCCCCGUCAUCCGCGACGUCGAGCUUGAAUCCGAAGCAAUCGAAGACCACGUCUUCAUCGCCCGAGUCGACGAUUUCGAAUCUUUCCUCCCGCGAAUCGGCGGCCUCCGAAAGAAGGUCAUGUCCCUCAUGCGUCUCCUGGGCGGUAAAGCAGACGUUAUUCGAGGUUUCUCGAAACGCUGCAACGAGCAAUACUCCGUAACCCCCCGCGGCGACAUCGGACUCUACCUGGGUGAUAUCCAAGAUCACGUCGUGACCAUGAUGUCUAACCUGUCGCAUUUCGAAAAGAUGUUGUCCCGCUCGCACACGAACUACCUCGCUCAGCUGAACGUGACGAACUUGGUCCUUGGCAAUCACGUCAACAAGGUCCUGAGCAAGGUUACGCUCAUCGCGACGAUUCUCGUGCCUAUGAACUUGAUUUGUGGUCUUUUCGGAAUGAACAUUGAAGUCCCCGGGCAGCAUGUUGAAGGCUUGCACUGGUUCUUUGGAGUUCUGGGUGUGAUGGGAGCCAUUGUUGUGUUGAGUAUUGCUCUCGCGAGAUGGCAGAAGUUGGUUUGA